UGCUUUUUAACACUUAUAAGGCCAUCCUGUAGAGCAUGUGAAUGGUAUCGUCUUGAUACAGGUUUUUCAUUAUGAUCUCACUUACCGCAAUCCUUCUCUCGACGUUACUUUACCGUUCUGCGCAUGCAGGGACCACAAUAUGGUCAGGAUCCUUCAAUGCAUACCCAAAUGUAUCUGUUUUCGAUGAAUGGUCCUGGUCUAACGAAGUUGGCGAGUACCAGUGGUACAUUCACGGAAGCCAACCAACAUCCCAUUAUCUCGCACUGGAUCCUUCGUACAAGAAUCCAGCAGACACCACCGAAGCCAACGGCCUGAAACUGACUAUCGACUCUACCGCUACGUGGAACUCGGAUAUGGAAAGGACCGAGCUUAUUCCCCAAACGACUGCCAACCUAGGAACUGGGGAAUUGUACUAUCAUUUUUCAGUGAUGCAUUCCGCGACGAACCCACCUAAUUCUGCCUAUGAGCAUCAAAUCACAUUUUUUGAAUCACAUUUCACGGAGUUGAAGUAUGGCGUCAGUCCCAAUGCGACUUACCUGGAAUGGAUGAUUCAAAGCCAACCGCAAUGGGGCACACCCUUCACGCCAGGCACUUGGUACAACUUCGCAUACGACAUUGACUUUUCCGCAGGCACUGUAGGCCUGUGGGCGUCAACCGGCUCAGACCCGCUGACGAGGGUCAUGCCCAACACCGCCGCGUCGACUUCUACAAACUCGGAAGAUUGGCACCUUGGCGUUUUGCGUCUCGUCCAGGGGAGCGAUACGGAAGAUUGGUACUUCUCGGGGGUGUACAUCGAGAGCGGGCCGGUGACUACUAGCGUCGGUAGUGGCAGCAGUGGGGGAGUAUCGUCUUCUUCGAUCACGGCGAGCUCAACGUCUGUCUCGAGCUCAACUGCGUCUGUAUCGCCGAUCAGCACAACUAGUGUUGCCGGUCCUACACAGACACAGUACGGGCAAUGCGGAGGUACUGGCUGGACAGGCCCCACAAUGUGUGCCAGUCCAUUUACCUGUGUACCUGUCUCACCGCCGUACUACUCACAGUGCCAAUGAUGGCGGUUUGCAAUCACAAACUGGAGUUUCAGGGAAUGCUGCAGUACAUACAGUACACGAGGUAUCGUCAAGAGAAAUUAGUUAUGUAUCCUCGCGUAUCACAAAUCGUAAAAUGUUCCAUUCAAAUCAAGAAAUGCUAUGAACGCGACUCGUUUGGGAAACA